UGUUCUUUAGGACGUUAACCAUCACUCUCUCGCUUUGUAGCCGCAGAUAUUUACAUUUUUGUUUUCCCCAAAUGAUGUUUACGUUUUUCGGAAAAAAAGAUAUUAUCUUUUUCCUAAACCCUGAAGAACCUCAAAACUCAUCGUUCUCAGUGGAAGUUUCUUUCAACUAAACCUUUCAACGGAUUUGCUAAAAAAAAGUGUCUAAAAUGACGUCUCUGCGGCUAAGCCAACAGCAACGGAAUCACCUGGUCCUGCUUCAGAGGCCUGCUAGUGAUGUCGUUGAGCUCUGUAAGUCCGCCUUUGAUUAUCUGAUAAAUGGCCCUAAUCUGAACCGAUAUAAAGCACUGGCAAAAAAGUUCUCUAACACGGGGGAUCCGGAGGUUGUGCAGCAUGCGGUAGAGGCUUUAAUAUCCCUUCUUAUCAGCGUCACCACUUGCGUCAGUAGCAGUUCCGUCAAUAUUCAGGCUAUUCUGCGACAAACGUUCGCCGAUAUCGACGAUGAAGUGGUGGAUGUUCUUGAGCAGUUCGUGACCAGCAAGCGUAAUUUUGUGGAGGGCUCAAUUAAGUCUGCCAACAUUCGUGCCUAUAGGCUAGUCAACCUUGACUGGCGACUCGAAGUGCGGACAGCAUCCCGGAGCCUGCUGGACCAGUGUAAUGUCACAGUGACAAUGAAGCUUUAUCUUCAUACCGAACCAAAAAACGAGAACCGGGAGCUUCUUGAGGUGGACGCCACUGGACGAAGUGAACAGGAGCUUGCUGCCAUGCACGAAGAUGAGCGGCGACACCGCAAGGAUAUGUUGGUGCAAACCGAUGUGAGCAGUCUCUUGUACAUGAUCAAAACUCUGGAGGACGCACUUGCAGAGUCAAAGACACGGCGUAUCAGAAACAUAGUAGAUGGCAUACAUUAAUCCAGAACUCGCAUAGAUAUUAACGCUACUUUAAUUUGGACCAAUUUAUUAAAUCUAAAUGUAACUAAAGGUGAACAGUUUCAUUGCGAUGACGCAAUGGCUUCGGCA